AGUAUUUUCGGGUCUACUGUAAACUUUUAUCUUUUUUAUAAAUUUUUAAAACGAGAUGGAAAACCAAACGGUUUUCAAAAAAUCUGCCUCGUCAAAACUUUGCCAAACUUUGUGAUUUGUUUUGCGUUCUUACUUUGGGUUGUUCCAGUUACUGCUUUAGAUUAUACUUAUAGCCAAUUACCGUAUCGAUUAAAUAGUAUUAUUGGAAGUCUAGCAGGAUCAUGGGCUUAUCUUUUCACUCCAUUCCUUCAAGUCAGCCUGUCAUGUAACAGAUUUUAUGUGCUAUACUUUCCAUUUGGGAUCAAAACUUUAAAGCGAGUUCCAGUUACCAAUAUAUCAAUUGUCUUGUCAAUACUGAUAGUAUCAUGUGUUUGCUCUGUUGGAUUACAAGAAACCUGUGGCUACGUGUACGAUCCAAAUUUCUUCUGUUGGCGUCCGGAAGGUCUUCCAUGUUCCGACCAGCUAGCCAAGGUGAUUUUAGCCAUGAUUUACAGUAUUACUUUUUCCUCGAACGUCUUCAAUGUACUAACUGGAGCACGUCUUUUGGUGAACAAAAUGGUUGGAAUGAAUCAGCAAGAAGCAUCUAGAAGAAGAAAGCGAUGGAUGAUAAUGUUCACUCAAAGUGUUAUUCAAGAUUGUUUGCACCUCGUGGAUAUUAUAAAUGCUACUUAUCUAUGGGAGCUGAGUGAUGAGCUGUGGUUCCAAUUUUUGUUUUUGACACUUUCAUUUAUUAUAAUUUAUACACUCGAUGGGUAG